AUGAAUGAUCCACCCUCUUCGGAAAAUUUAAAUCACACCAACCAUGUACUCUCUCCGAAUGAAGGAGUUCUUGUUGAUCGACAACCUCCACCACAUUUUCUCAUUCGGGGCGCAAGUACUAAAGAUCUCAACAACAAGGACACUACAAAAGAUGGUGCUAUGGCUAUACCACCAUCACUGCUACUGUCAUCACGAGCAAACAAAAAGAUGGAAGCUGUCAUUACACCCAAUGCCGAUCAGGAAUUGGAUGAAUUGGAAGAUGUGAUGCAUAAUACAGUAUCAGGAGCUGCUCCUGGAGCUGAUACAUCGAAACAUGCAUAUUGUGCUCCUCGUAGAGCUAUUGUCACAUGUCAAAACUUGGAAGUUAUUUCUGAAAAAUUGAAAGAAAGAAAAUUACGAAUCUGUGUAUAUAUUAAGGAGAGAGUUUACAAACGACGGAAAACUCUCAAAUCAUCAAUUAUUGAUGUUCCCAAUCUCAGACAUACUUCCUCAAAUCCAGGGGAGAGUGUUCAAAUACCGCUGAACAACAUUUCAUUCAAACUCAAAUAUUCACAUCACUUUAAGAAGAGAAUUGAUGUUCUACGAAUUUCCCUUCAAUACUCAAAAAAGAAGGGAGAUUCAUUUAAGACCAUGUCAAUCGUGUCAAUUAAUUUGUUACAUGUUCUUCAGAGGCCAUUUGAUGAAAACAUUUCAUUCCUUGUGAAAAAAAAGAAGAAGAAAAGUAAGGAAGAAUCUGAAUCCACAAGUACUGGUGCACAACCCAACAACAUGUUGAGUUCAGGGUCUCUUAUUGUAUCAUAUAAUGUCAACAGUGCUAUUCUGCAUUAUCUAUCAAGCGAUGAUGAGGAUGAUGAGAAGGAACGAUAUCAGCACCACCCACAAGUGCCAACCUCUUCAACAGCAGAAUGCGUUGCAAAGCUUAAAGUCUCUAUACAAACUGUUCCCAUUUCCUUAACAGAGCUUCGAAAGAAAAAGAGAAAGUUCACAUUUCUAGGUAAAAAGGAGGAUUCUCAUGCUAUGAAUGCAAUACACCCGGGCGAUCCGUACGAAGAUGAUUUCACUGAUGAAGACGAGGAGACGGAUGAAGAUAGUGACAUUGAUUUUGAAGAAAAUAACGUUAACGAGACGAACCUGGCAUCUCCGGUCGCUUUAGCCACAUCAAUGGCCACAACACUAACACCCAGUACAGAAAAGAAUGCAAAAGAAGACAAGACCCUUAAGGCCGUUAUUGGAAUUAAGGACAAUAUUAUGAAGCGAUGGAAAAGUUUUAAGAAGAAAGGUCAAGGUGGACAACACUUCUCAGAUUUUGAGCAUGAUUUACCCUCUCCAAAAGGAAGCCUUGCCAAUAGCAUGGAAAAUAAUCCAUUUCAAACUGCCGCUAUUGUGAAAAUUGAAAAGAUUCCAAUACAGGAUCAAGUGAAAGAAUUACUCCAGAACAAGACACUCGUGAAGAAAAUUAUUUUAAUUAACGGUGCAUUCCGAAGAGGUCAACGGAUUUGGAGUUUUUUAAAGAGAUCUGGAGGUCUCUAUGCUAGGGAUGUUCUUUGUACAUUUUCAUGUGAUGAUGUUCAUAUGGCUCUCACAAUGAUCAUUCAAAACAAUAUUGAAAAGAAGUAUGUGAGUGAACAGGAGCUUAAUGAGACCAAAAUUGUAAUCAUAGGUAAUGAUGCUUAUGUGAACGAUGUGUUGAGAGCCUGUCUCGCUCAGACCACAGAUGAAAAGCAAUGGGAUCAAUUCCUAUUUUACAUUAUUCCAAUUCCUUCAAAGAAAGGAGAAGAGGCCAUUCAUAGAUCUAGGAAUGAAAUUUCUGCAUAUCUCUAUACAAAAUGUCCUGUCUAUGCACAAUUAUUCUCUGCCGACGAAUGGAAGAGAUCACUUUCAUACCCAUUGGAGGUUGAAGAUUGUGUAGAGCAAGUGAUAUUUGAAUAUUUAGAAAAUGCCAGAAAACAAGUCAGUUUGAAAAUUUCUCAAAUUAUUCUAGUGAGUGAUCUGUCUCAACAGAACAUUUUCCCUAUUCCUCAUACCAGUGCAAGGUAUCAACAAGAAAAUCAGACAGAAACAGGCUCUCCGAAUGGCACAUCGGCGGCAACAGCAACACAAAAUUUUGAGCCCAUCUCACAACAAUGCAUUGUACCAUUGAUCAACAAUAUCCAUAUUGUGAAUGGAGAUUAUCACGAGCAAAAGAAGCCCAAUAUACUUCUCAAACUGGUGCAAAAUCUUGAAAAAGAUGUCAAAGAAAAGCCAUUUUCACACAAAGCAAGCGUUAAUAAUACUGAAAAAUCAUUAGCUCCAAGUACAAUAUCUCUUGCCACCAGCCCACAAAUGUCCUCCAUGGGAAACACUUUUCAGAAACGACCAAGCUCAGAGAAUCCAGUCAUUGAGGAUGAGGACAGCUCUGACGAAGGAGAAGAGAGCAAACAAGAAAAGAUAUCUCUGUUAGAAAUGAAAAUUGACUAUUGGGAUGCCUCAAAUGAGGAAAAGUGCAAGAAUUCUACCAAGAACUCAUUUUCACAUGUUGAAAUUUACAAACUGCCAAGCUCUGAUUUACCAGAAGAAUCUCAACCAAAAUCUGGCACAUUUACCUUAGUCACAACACGACCUAAAAAGAAGAAAAAACCUGCUACAGAUGAAGUAGAGAGAAAGUCUAAUUUAACAAAAAUUAUAUGCAAAGUUGAGAAGAAGAAAUCAACAGCUAAGGUAGUCAUUGAUGGAGUUGAAUGGGCCAAUGUCAAGGUCGUUUCUGUAGCACCUUCAUGGGUCAAUAAUUUUCACUUUAAGGUUGCUUGUUUUAGGUAA